AUGGCUGCACCGCUUGCUCAGCAGCACCACUCGCCAUCACAAUUACCAUCCAUCAGCAGCUUGACAAAUGGCUUGCCUCGGAUGCAAUCGCAAUUGUCGCCGGACCAGCAGUCAGCUACCGAGCCUCUACGACCAGAUUCCGGCACCUGGCCGCAGCCACAGAGUAAGAACAACUCCAGUAACGCUCAGGGAUUGCAAGUGCAUACGCUACUGAACCCGGAUGACUCGCCACCACGGAACUCGAUUCCCAAGACACCUCAGUCUGCACGGAUCCCGCAAUCAGCGACAUCGACAGGCUCACAACUACCGUCGAUCAACCAAGGCUUCCACCAUGACCCGAAUCGCGACUCGAGGGACUACCCGCCAACGUUGGAUUCACGGCGAAGUAGUGUCGACAGCCGCAUGCACCAGACAUUCAACAGCCUAUAUAUCAACGGGCCUCGAUCGCCUUACGAAAGUAACAACACGUCGCAAGUCUCACUUGCCGCAAGCUUGCGCAACCCCAAUAACGGCAUGCCAAUGUCUCCGUUAAAUGGUCGAUCAAGCAUAGGUCGUGAUCGUCAUCCUGCGCCGCGUGUAGCGCCACCAAUUAUGCCUGUCGGAAGGUUGUCCGGCGGUCCUGAUCCAACUGCCUCCCGUCCUACGCAGGGCUAUGCAUGGGCUUUCCCAGACCAGCCCAUUCCGGAAGAAAGCAGAACAUCAGACAGCGACGAGUCGAGUGUUCGAGGAGUGUCACGGAAUAACAGCUUCGCUGCCUCGUCCAUUCGAAGCAGCAUCUUCUCCACAGACUCAGCGAUGCCGUCCGGGCAGCGAAGAUUCGAUGACGAGCAGGCCACCACACAUCAUCAUACCAUGCAACACCGCGCGGUGCAGAACUUGCAGAACGAAGGAGUGUCACCGCAGAAUGUCGGCAAUUACAGCAGGACGCCGGAGUUACGGGUCAGCCAUAAACUCGCAGAGCGGAAGCGGCGGAGCGAAAUGAAGGAUCUGUUCGAGGAGCUGAACAAGGCCGUACCCACGAGUGGUGGUACCAAGGCCUCCAAGUGGGAAAUCCUCAGCAAAGCCAUCGAAUACAUCCGCAGCAUACAGCAGAACGAAGGGCGUAUUAACUCGGAACUCUCACGCUUACAGCGAGACAGCGACUAUGGCCGCGACGCGCAAAAGGAGAACGAGAUGCUCAAGACCGAGGUCCAAGUCAUGCACCAACACCUUCGACGCCUCGAUCCCAAUGCGCCGCACGUCUACGGUCACUUCACUUCGCAACUGCAAGGCGCAGGCGGUCCGCAAAUGAAUGGUGGUGGGCCGGGCAUCUCGCUCCCACCGCUGAACCAGGAGCCACCGCAUGCUUUCAAUGGCGCGCCGCAUACACAUGCGGCGGCGAUGCAGGGAGUGGAGUACGGUGGCUAUGGUGGACGGUAA